AUGUCCAUCAAGAUAUACAACGUUCAGCACAAUGGGACUGUACACACUCCAUUGCUCAUUGUUCAUGGGGAGUCCAAGGUAUCUGGGUCCGGGGUACUAACAGUGAGCCAUCAAGGGAAUGCAUUUCCUCCAUUACAUUACGAAGUGAACCAAGGGUUCUUCAAGGCUAUAGUCCAUUUGGAACCUGGUGAAAAUCCAUUGACAUUUACCCAUUCUCAAGGACAAGUUGUUGGUGGGUUCCCUCAAUAUGACCAAACCAAUAAAAAUAAGCCUUAUAGUGUCGGUUUUACAAUCAAUUAUGUCCCAUUAUUACAAAAUAGACCUGUUCAUCUUUGUGUUCUUUUAGCUAAAGAUUCACCAGCUACUUUUGACUCAACACCCCAAAAAAAAUCUCAAGAAGGGAAUGGUUUAGAUAUCGCUAUAAAGAAAUUAAGAGUUGGUGCUAGAUUAAUGCAAGCUUUUACAAAUGAACAAAUGCUUAGAGCUGGAUUUGGAAAUCGUACUUUUAAUUUUGCAGAAGAAUAUACUAAAGAUACUCAAUUUUUACAAGAACAAGAUAAUCAAAGAUUUAGAAGUACAAUUAAAAUCCAUGUUAUUCGUUCUAAGAAAACUUUAAAAGAAUUAAGAGAUCCAAAUUUGGCACAACAAAAUUCAAAAGGUAAUAACACUGGUGGAUUAUUUGGUAUUGCAAUGGAUGAAUUAAGAAAUUAUGGUGGUCCUUUCACUGAUUCAAAUAAACCAGUUCAAGCCGCUGUUAUGUACCUUGAUGCUACUUAUGAUCAAAAAUUAAAUAUGAUUUUAACUCAUGCUGCUCUUGGUGGUGGUGAUGAUAGAAUAAGAUUAGCAAUUUUUGGCUCUCAUGGGUUAUAUUCAUGGCCUGCUUAUUUUGAACAUAUCUGUCCUGCAUUUUUGGAUACCUCUCCAAGAACUAAUGAUGUUGCUAAUGAUGCUAAUGAAUGUGGAUCUUAUUGGGAAUGUUUGGCAAUAACAUUGGGUGCUUUUAUGCAUGAAAUUGGACAUUUAUUAGGUUGUCCUCAUCAACGUAAUGGUGUUAUGUUGAGAGAUUAUGUUACAUUAAAUAGAUCAUUCCUAACAAGAGAAUCAUAUUCAACAAGAACUAAGAAAAAUGGUCUUGUACCAAUCUUACCAAAAGAUGAAUGUACAUGGCAUAGAUUAGAUUUAUUAAGAUUUUUACAUCAUCGUUCAUUUACAUUACCAAGUGAUUUCUUAGAUCCAACUUUUGCUAAGAAUAGUCCUGUAUCUGGUAAGGCAUCAGUUUUACCUGUUGGUAAUAAAGCUGCAUUAUUAAAAUCUGCCACUGGUAUUUAUGCAAUUGAAAUUUUCCCAGGUGAUUUAGCUGAAGGUUUUAUUGAAUUUUUACCAAAAUCUAUUGGAGGUCAAGGAGCUCAAAAGGAAAUAUAUGUUACAGUUGAUGAAAUUAAAUCUAGAUUACCAAGAGAUAAACAAAAUGGUAAAAUUUCUUUACAUAUCCAAACAGUUGAUGGUAAUCAAACAGAUGCUAAUGAUUUUGAAAAAUUAGUUUCUGAUAGUUCAAAUUUCAUUCAAUCAGAUUUUGGUUUAGGUAGAGGUCAAUUAACUGCAAUCAAAUCAAAUAUUGUUGGUAAAAAUUCACCACCAGGUCAACCUAUCAUUUUCGAUCCAACAAGAGUUGUUUCUGUUAGAAUUUAUCAUGGUGGUGCUAUUGAUGGUAUUCAAAUUAUUACAAGUUCAGGUGGUGCAUCACCUCAACCACCAUCAUAUCAACAAUCUUCAACAUCAGCUCCACCUUUACCAAAUAGAGAAUAUAAAAAUAAAUUAGGUUCAUUAAUCUCUGGUUUCAAAAAUCAAACACUUGGAUCACCACAAAAUCAACAACCAAUCCAACAAUAUAGUGGAAGAACUUCAAGUGUAUUAUUUGGUAAACAAACUGGUAAUUAUACAGAUUUCAAUCUAUCGCCAGGUGAAUAUAUUGCUCAUUUAAGAGUUAGAAGUGGAUUAUGGGUUGAUGCUAUCCAAAUUGUUACAAAUACAGGUAGAGUAAGUCCUUAUUGUGGUAAUACAAAUGGUGGUGGUGAAGGUGUAUUAGAAGCACCUGAAGGUUAUGAAAUUAUUGGAUUAUUUGGUGCUGUUGGAAAUUGGGUUGAUUCUCUUGGGGUUUUAUAUACUACAAAAUUACAAUAA